AUGUGGCUCCGCUCCCAUCGCACUAUGUCCUUGGUGCAAUCUAAACAUUGUCUCCUAGCGGAUGCACUCCGCUCCACGAGUCAAGAUUGUACAUCUUCAGACUCGACGACCACUUCCACCGUCAAGGGGCCCAGAGCCUUGAGAAUAGUGAUUCACUACUACUACUACUACUACUACUACUACUACUACUACUGGGUUCUCUCACCUGCGCGCUGCAAAGGCUAUCCGGGGGGGAAGUGCAUCCAGGGGAAUCCUUGGGUCUAG